UCAGACUGAGCUGAAGUCCGUCCGUUGUUUUUUCAGGUUUUUGUUUUUACUCUGCGACCAAAGGACGUUUUUUCGUGCGUGAGUUUUUUGACAAAGGAUCAGAUACCAUGGAGUCUCGUUUUUCUCACCUGCGCCAGCGGGACACCAGUGUGUCCAUGCUGAGAGUCAAGUUGUCCCGCAGAAGGUCUCAGUCCCAGAAGGAGAAUCGAGACCGGGCCGUGAACACACGCAGGCAGCUGGACAAGCUCCCCGAGCUGGACGUCUCCUCCAUGGACGCUUCCAUCGCGAUGGCCAACAUGUCAACCAUCAGAGAGAAAACUGUGAACACUGCACAUCCUGCAAAAAAUGUGGCAGGAGAAGAGAGGUUGAAACAGCUUGAGCGUUGGAAAGAACGCAAGACUCUUGAGAAGGAGAAAGAAAUGAGAGUUAAGGAGCGCAAAGGUGUAUUUAAGACCGGCCUGUAUCAUCCUAAAGACGGAUUCACUAUCGGUUCUCUGCCUGUGGUCCCAGCAGCCCCAAAAAGAGCAAAGGAGAUAAAAUUGAACGCAGCUCCAUCCCAGAGUACCAGAGUCACUCGUUCAAUGAAACAACCACAGCAGCAACCUCUGAAGACACAAGGGCCGUAUACUGUGGCAAAGAAAGCUCAACCUGCUGUGGAAAGAUCCACCAGGAUCCGGGGGGCUCCUGUCAAGCCUGCCCCAGCACUGAUUUCGACCAAGACCAAAGUUUGUGCCGUGGAGCCUACCGUACGAGCGUCGGCGACCAGAUCAGCCAACAGGCCUCCUGUUACAACUGUUCCUGUGGUGAAAGACAAACCGAAGGACAAGGCUGCAGAUGUAAGGACCACAAGGAGUAGAGCCUUUGUCAACCAUGUGGCGCCCCCUUCUGGCACAGACAAGAAUUGCAAAGCAACUGUCAACAACACCGUCCAGCCUCCUGUCCCAAAGGAGCCUGAGCUUAAGGAGCCAGAAGAAAAUCUUCAUCCCUCCACAUCAGAAGAGGAGGACAUGGUGGUGGAUCAGGAUCCGAUUGACUCCGCCCCUGCUGUGGACCCUUUUGAGGUUCCAUCUUUAUCUUCAUUUGCCCCAGAGGGUUUUCUCUUCCGGGCUCCUGUCGGCUUGUCCUCUUUCAAGUUCGAGCCUCUCACUCCUCGCUCAGCAGACGCCUUCCUGACACCAAGCCCCAGCUUCAAUAUUCCAUCAGUUCCCUCGUUCAACGUUGAACCUGAGCCUGAAACGUGUGGACCCUCUCCCUCUAAGUCCCCUCGCCGCUCCCAACCCCGAGCAUCUCCCACAGCGGCUCCUCCAACUACAGACAGCCCUCUGGAAUCAGAGCAUGAUGUACCAUACUUCAGAUCAGAGAUGGUGAGUGAGACAAACCAACUUAGCACUCUGUGUGUCCAGUGGGAGCCUAAAGUGGAAGACGAGUCCAUCCCAGAAGAGAUGAGAGACAGCAUGCGUACAACAAUCGGCCAAGCGCGGCUGUUGAUGAAAGAACGUUUCAACCAGUUCAGCGGUCUGGUGGACGACUGCGAGUUGGGCAGAGGGGAGAAGAUCACCACCUGCACUGAUCUGCAGGGCUUCUGGGACAUGGUUUAUUACCAGGUGGAGGACGUCCACAAGAAGUUUGACGCGCUCAAAGAAGCAGAGGGCAGAGACUGGAAGGAGGAGCACAAGCCCCCCCCACGACAGAGGAAAGUAGUGAAGAAACCCGCAGCUGCACCUGCCAAGCCAACAGGAACCAAAGUGGCAGCCAAGUCUCGUCUGGCUGCCGUGAAAGCCGCCAUGAAAGCGCGACAGCAGGCGGCCGAGGCAGAGAAAGCUGCGAAUGACGCUGGUCAAAGUGAGGCUGAACCCAGCCUGACCUCUGAGGAGCCACAACCCCAGGCAGAGCCCCAAGUGCCAGACACCGUGGUCUUUGAUGGAGGCUUCUUCCAGGUGAGGAGCCCAGCCAAAACCCCAGAUUCAGUGAGGAAAUCCAGCCGACUGAGUGCUGCUGUGCCGCCUCAGGCCUCUCCUUGUUCCAACUAUCUCACACCCAGAAGAGUCACCCGCCGAUCCCUUGCGUUGGCAGCGACCCCUGUUCAGGCCGUCGUCUCUCCUGCUCAGUGCUUCCUCACUCCCGCCACGCUGCGUCUUACCCUCAAUCAAACACCAAAGUCUCGGUGCAGCACUCCUCGGACAUCCCAGAAGAGACCGGACACUAUAGAUGUCUCUCUGUGUCUCUCACCUGCAAAGGUCGUGCUUUCAGACGACGCCCAGCCCGAGGGGAGCUCCUCACAACAGACUGAGACGGUCUCUACACAGGAAACACCUGCCUCUGUUCCUGAAGCGAGCACAGUCAUACCUGUACAUUCACUUCCAACCAUAACUGUGGUGGAUGAGCAAGAAGAACCAGCUGAAGCUGUUGAUGUUGUCCUCGCUGCCUCUCCAUGCAAAUCCCCUUCUCCUGUCUCCCAGUCCCCUGAGCCCUCAUCAUCUCUGAGCUUCACGCUAUCCCCCUGUGUGAGUCCCUGCCCGCCACCCAUCUCCUCCCCUCCUGCUGUGCAGGGCCACAUGGACACACAAGACUCAGUGUGCUGCACACCAGACACCUCAGUUGUUGAGGAAAUUCCUGGGUUGGACUUUGAGCGGUACCUUCAGCCAUCGCUGAGAGGAAGCCUGUCACCAAGGGAGACAGUUGCCCUAGAGACACUGUCACCCAUGGCAGUGGAUGUUGAGAUGGAGAGUCCCAGAGGUCAAUCUGAUGAUCUGCUGUCUCAACAUGAACCAGCUGCAGCGGUGCCUUCUGUGUUUACUCUUCAGUCACCACAGGUCCAGAGUCGGACAGCUGAGUCUGACCUGCUUCUUUUCACCCCGGACUUGAAAGACCGGAUACGCCAGUCUGUUUGUCCGAGUGACCUCAUGGUCUUCACACCUCCCUCUAAUGUGUAGCAGAGAUUUAUUUUUAUAUUUUAAAGUUUUUUACAAAUAUCAACUACUUUUGCUACACCCCUUUGGAGAAGAAAAAAAGAUCUAUCUGAU